UUCGUUUACACGACCAUUUCCAAACCCUAGCCCAGUGGGAUACGUCCAAAUCUGGCCUAUUUUCUCUCGCCGAGAAGAGUUUUUUUUGGCUAUGUCAUCUGCCGAUAGUGGAGUUUUCCUAUUGAGAUUGUUGUAAAUCGUUGUUGUUUUUUGAUCGGAGAUUGAGUUGGUGUAACUGUGGUGAAGUGCAUGAUCGCUGGAGAUGAUGGCUUCAGCUUGUGUGAAUAACAUCGGCAUGUCGUCGGAGAACUUCCUCGACUGUCCUCCGGCAAGCUAUCCAACGUAUGGAUGGCUCAGCCCUAGAAUCUCCUUCAGCCGCGAGUUUCCCGACGAGGAGUCCAAGAUGGCAGGAGGGAAGUCUCCGUCUCCAGCAGAGAAGCCGUCGGAUCCGGUGGAGGUAUCAGAUCCGGAUGUUUCCGGCAAGGACGUAGGUGAUUUUGAGUUCAGACUUGAAGAUCCGGUGGCGAUGCUUCCAGCGGAUGAGCUGUUCUCCGACGGCAAACUUGUUCCUCUGCAGGUUUCUGUGAUCCGUCCAUCAGUGGCUUCAAUACCCUCGUCGGAGAUUAGGUCACCCGAGACGGCAAAAUCUCGUCGGAGAACUGAGGUGUCGUGUACGGACCCGUACCUCUUCUCUCCGAAGGCUCCGAGGUGUUCCAGCCGAUGGAAGGAGCUUCUAGGGCUGAAGAAACUCUACCAGAGCAGCAACCCUAAGCAGGAGAACCACAACACGACGUCCUCUCUGUACUCUCACAGAACCAACGCUAAAUCUCUCAAACAUUUUCUGCACAGAAGCUCGAAAUCUACAUCAUCUUCAGCCUCCGAUGCGUCCCUGAGCCUCCCGUUGCUGAGAGAUUCUGAUUCCGAGUCGGUGUCCAUGUCCUCUCGCUUGUCGCUUUCAUCUUCGUCCUCGGGCCACGAGCACGAGGAUCUCCCCCGACUCUCCCUCGAUUCAGAAAAAUCUAAACCAAGCGCAAAUCCAAACCCGAAUCCAAGCUCAAACGCGAGCACCACAACGAAUCCAAAUCCACCUAGGGUGAGAGUGGUGAAAGCGAGAGCAUCUUCUUCCGAUCAUCCCCCGGCCGCCAGAGUAGGUCGGAGCCCAAUGCGGCGAGCGCCAGACUCAUCCGGAAGAGGCGCGUCGGUGGACAGUCCGAGAAUGAACUCCUCAGGGAAAAUCGUGUUCCAGAGCCUUGAGAGGAGCUCGAGCAGUCCGAGCAGCUUCAAUGGCGGACCCAGAUUCAAGCACAGAGGAAUGGAGCGAUCCUAUUCAGCCAACGUCAGAAUCACUCCCGUCCUCAACGUUCCAGUCUGCUCACUGAGAGGCUCGUCAAAGUCUGGAGGAGUAUUCGGAUUUGGUCAGCUCUUUUCAUCACCCCAGAAGAGAGAAGGCAGCAGUAGUAAUGGAGGAAGCACCAGAAGCCAACAGAAUAACAGCAGGAACCGUACUGAUCGAACUUGAUGUGAUCAGGAGAGUUGGUGGUAACAAAUUAACAUUUCAUCAUCAUCUUUCUUCUCUUCUUUUGCAUUUUUUUUUUUUUUGAAAUUUCAGUUGUUUUUUAGGCAAAUACUGCAUGAAAUUGUUGGUGGGGUUUAUUUCGCUUCUUUUUUUUUUUUCCACAGAUUUUAGAUUGUAUAUAUGCGGCUUUAACGCUAAUCCGAAAGCUAAUGUUAGAUUAGAUUUCAGGGUUUUUUGCUGUUCCCUUUCUCUCUUAUCUUUAUUGACCUGAACUGAAAGAUAUGGAAUCUCUGUUUUCUCUGUUA